GCAAUUUUUGCAAUAUGUUUGUACUAUAAAAUAUUGAACUGGUCAGUUAACUGAUCCUAAAGUGAGCUUUUAAUAUUUAUUAACAGUAAAUCCUCAGGUUUUAUUCUCUGCCCCAUUAGGAAAAUAUCUAAGUAGGCAAGACUAGCUUGCAGUUAUAGAAAUAUUAUGCCCAGUUGCAAUUAAGAAUAGACUGAGGAAAAAAGUCAUUGCGAUUGUUGUGCAGCCACUGCGAAACAGCAUCCAUCACUUCAUUAUCUUCCCCAAAAUGUCACUGCAAUAGUAUGUUGCAUAGUGACUGUUGUACAGUAUUGGGAUACAUGCCCUUGUUCACCUGUGGAAAAGGCCAUUGACGGAGUAGGACAGUAUUGAAAGAUAGCUGCGUGUUCAGCUCUCUUUCAAUAGUGACUUACACAUUUUGCAGGCAAGUCUAAUACUUCUUCCAGUGAUAUCUGGCUGAAAAAAAAAAAGCAUGUAAUACUUUCUGACUGAUCCUUGCACAUCCAGCAUACAGACCCAUGUAUCCAGUCCUCUUAAAAGGCUUUCUGUGAUGAGUACACUGUCUUUUUAACUGUUGGAAGGUCUACACUAUCUGAGCCUUCAAGAGGCCGAGAAGUGAUAAUGAAUUACAUGUUUCUUUUGUAUCCCUUUCAUUUUUUCCCCCCUUAUUCUAAUCAACCUUUUUUAAAAAUGGGCUUUGUGCCUUUCUUCAUAGUUUUUUGCAUCUAGAUAGCACUUAAGACAAAAGUAGGUGUUGAAAUGCAAAAGAAAAAUGUAUUAAUAUUGAUAAAGGACAGAUCCUGUUACACCUAUUAGAUUUUUAAAUGUUUAUUGUACUGCACUUGAGUCCCCGAAAAGAAUAAGUUAAUGCAAAAGAUGGGUGGGGUGCCUUUCCUUUUCUGCUUUUUGUCUGUAAUGCUAAUAUAAAGGUGUUUUACAAAAAAACAAAACACAUUAAAGGUUUUUCAGGGUUGCAACAAGGGCAGAAUGGAUUUAUGCUAUGUACCUAGUAUGCAGAUAGGAUCUGACCCUAAUAAUUCUGUUUUUUAGCUUUAUUGCGAUUUGUGUCUCUCAUUGGAUGGGUUUAGUGGCAAUAUUCAAUAUAAACUGUUUUUUGGGGGGAACUUUGGAAAACUUGUUAGCGAAGGAAUAACCAGCUAAAAAGAAUGAAGAUGUUUACAGCGUAAAAACUGACUAAUAUUGCUUCCUUUCUCCUAUAGCAAUACACACUUUCUUGAACUAUAAAGUCAGUGAAUAUAGUAGUGCUUUAUGAUUUGAGAAUAAGUGUGUAUGUCAAACUUCUAUCUAAUAAUUCAGCUAAAAUGAUGCGUUUCAUUUGUAUCUCUUUCCCAAAGCUGUGUUUGUCUUUUGUGGAGAAACUAUCCUCUUAUCUCAACUUCCCUUCUCAUGGUUCCCUACUCAUGGCAGUAUCUAAUACCCCUGCAGGCUUUAUGGGACAAUCCAAGCUGAAAAAAGAAGACAAAAGGCUUUCAUCUGUUUAUGGUGUGUCUGUCCCAUCAUGGACUUUGGCUGGCUCUGUAGUAUAAUGCAGUUCCUUGUCUCUCCAUCCCUACCCUGGCUCUUGCUCCCAAGCCCUUUCCACGUUGCCUUUCCCAAGGAAGAAAGGAUCCAGACAAUCAGAGAGACAGACUCUGCUCACACCUGGCCAUGGAAUAAUGAUUGGCACAAGAGCACUGCAUUGGAAGAACAAGCAGAAAAUAAAACAGAAUUUCCUAUUUCUGUGUGCAAUGCCCAUCAAAAGGGAGAUGCAUCCCGAUAUACGGUUGAGAUUCGAUUAUUGUAAAGUCUACACUAGAAAUUCUUCCAUGAAAAAUUCACGAGUCAGCUCCAGUUAUCCCAGAAAUCCUCAGAAAUAGAAGGAUCAAAGUCAAUCAGCUCCAAAGGUACAGAGCCAAAGGUAUCAGGUGAUAUGACUGAAAUGCAUCAUAAAGCUACAGAAGCGUUGAAAUCUGAAGAAAAAUCUAUGGAUCUUUCUGCAAUGCCUCGUGGUACGCCUUUAUAUGGACAGCCAUCAUGGUGGGGUGAUGAUGAGGCUGAUGAAAAAAAUGGUUGCAAGCAAGAAGGCAAACGUGAAGAAAAAAUUCAUGAAACAGGAGCUUCAGGAUGCAGCACAGAUACCAAGCAAGUUGAGGAGCAUUCUGCAUCUGCAAAUGAAGAACUUUAUCCUUUCUGUAGGGAGCCAAGUUACUUUGAAAUCCCUACAAAGGAAUUCCAGCAAACCUCACAGAUAGAGGAGAGCACUAUCCAUGAAAUUCCAACAAAAGACACACAAAGCUCCCAUGCAGCAGGUGCUGGGCAUGCUUCAUUUACCAUUGAAUUUGAUGACAACACCCCAGGAAAAGUAACAAUCAAAGAUCAUGUGACAAAAUUCACUUCAGAUCAACGACAUAAGCCGAAGAAGUCGUCCUCUGGUGGUCAGGACCUGCCUGGGCUUCAAACAGUGAUGAUGGCUGCAGAGAGCAAAGUAGCGGACUGGCUAGCACAGAAUAACCCCCCUAGAAUGAUAUGGGAACCAACAGAAGAAGAUUCAAAAAGUAUUAAGAGUGAUGUUCCAGUUUACUUGAAGAGACUGAAAGGAAAUAAACAUGACGACGGGACACAAAGUGAUUCAGAAAAUGUUGGUGCCCACAGGCAUUACAGCAAACGGGCCACACUUGAAGAACAUUUGAGGCAUCAUCAUGCAGAACAGAAGUCAUUGCACCAGAAAGUUCACUCUGCAGAAAAGCACCAAGAACAAGCUACUGUAAGUCAGACUGCCUUUAUGAUUGAGUUUUUUGAUGAGGACCAUCCUCGAAAGAGAAGGUCUUAUUCCUUUUCUCAGAACGUGGGAGGUGUCUGCCCAGAAACGACUUCUCCAACACCUCAUCCAAGAGCUGAGCGAGUGAAACAACCAUCAGGAGACAAAACAGUUUCUUCACCUUUGCAGACUAGCUCUUCACACUACAGGACAGUACACGGUGUUCAUACAAAACUGUUAAAGCAGAAAUCUGAAGAGCCUUCUGCUGCAUUACCUAUCUUACAAACUGUAUUGUUAAGGAGCUCUGGAAGCCUUGGGCAUAGGCCAGGACAGAGCCAGGAGAUGGACAAAAAAUUAAAAAGCCAAUCUGUGUCUGCUGCUACCGAAAAGGAUAAUGAUGAUGACCAAAGUGACAAAGGAACUUACACUAUUGAGUUGGAAAAUCCCAAUUCGGAGGAAGUGGAAGCACGUAAAAUGAUUGACAAGGUAUUUGGAGUGGAUGACAGCCAGGAUUAUAAUAGGCCUGUUGUCAACGAGAACCAGAAAGAUUUAGUAAAAGAUUGGGCUAUAAAUUCUGCUACAGUAGUACUGGAAGAAAAAAGACCACUGAGUACAACUGGAUUUCUUGACACAGAGGAAAGCUGUACUGCAUCUGGAAAUAAACGAUGGGUAUCACAGUGGGCUAGUUUGGCUGCUAAUCAUACACGACAUGACCAGGAUGACUUGAGGUUGGAGCCAUCUGCAUCUGGUCCUUUAGAAAACGAUACAGACAUCAGUGAAUCUGGCAUUUCGGUUAAAAGCACUGGUUCAGCCACAUCUGUGACUAGUCAAGGUGAGCGGAAGAGGAGAACACUUCCACAGCUUCCAAAAGAGGAGAAAACUGCUGAAAAUCCAAGAGCAAAGGGUACAUCUCAGAGAUCAGAGAUAGGUGAAAAACAGGACACAGAACUUCAGGAGAAAGAAACUCCAACGCGUACAUCCCAAAAAGAAAUACCACAUGAUGCAGAUAGCAGAAGCAUGGCCAAGUCAAGCAGAGCAAUGAAUGGUCUCUCUCCAAAAGCUGGUGGAGACAACAAGGUAUUUUCUCACCCUACGAGUUGUCCUUCCAGUAAAGACAAGGGUGAAAUUGCCAGGGAAACUUCAGUGGUAAAACAAGCUUUAGCUAAAAUUCAACAGCAGGAACAAAAGGAGCAGGCGCAUUGGACACCCGCUAAACUACUUUCCACAAAAGCUACUGCAAACCAGAUUGAGAAAGGUAGAGAGGAGGCUCCUACUCCCCCAAAAAUCUUGGAUAAUCAAGAAAAGGCCCCAGGACACGCGGUCAGUAAAGCAGAAGUGAAGGUGGCCCAAAGCGAAGGGAAAAGAAGAAAAACUGAGGAAAUCAUAAAAGGUCAAACUCCAAAAGGAUUUGGAGGAGAGAAGAAGGAAUCGUCAAAACCAUUAGUGAGACAAGGCAGCUUUACUAUAGAUAAGCCUAGCACAAAUAUCCCUAUAGAACUUAUCCCUCAUAUUAAUAAGCAGACUGGAUCUGCUCCCCCUUCAGCAUCCACAAACAUAAUACGUGAAAGAAGUGAUUCUAUGGAUACUGAUUCUAGUUUGGAUACAACACUCAUUUUAAAAGACACAGAAGCGGUAAUGGCUUUCCUUGAAGCUAAGUUGCGUGAAGAAAACAAAACAGAUGAAGGUCCUGAUACUCCUAGCUAUAAUAGAGAUAAUUCGAUUUCACCAGAGUCAGAUGUAGACACAGCCAGUACAAUUAGUCUGGUUACUGGUGAUGCUGAAAGAAAGCCCAGUCAAAAGCGAAAGAGCUUCACUACUCUCUAUAAAGAUAGAUGUUCCACUGGUUCUCCUUCCAAGGAUUUUUUAAAAUCUUCUGCAACAAAUGCUAGAGAAAAGGUAGAAAAGAAAACUAAAACCCGAUCUUUGGAUGCUGGUUCAAGAGCAGAUGCUCGUAAACUUGUGCAUUCCAGUGGACGAAUAAGGCAGCCAUCAGUAGAUUUAACAGAUGACGACCAGACAUCUAGCGUACCUCAUUCUGCCAUUUCUGAUAUCUUGUCAUCUGACCAGGAAACUUACUCUAGCAAAUCACAUGGAAGGGUUCCCUUUACUUCUGCAGAUGAACUCCUACAUUCCAAAAUGGAAGGGAAGUCAGUUAAAUCAAAGACUUCACCUGUUACAACUGGACAGUCUAGUAAAUCUACCACUCUUCCAAGGCCUCGUCCCACGAGGACUUCUCUCUUGCGCAGAGCACGGCUUGGUGAAGCCUCAGAUAGUGAACUUGCUGAUGCUGAUAAAGCUUCAGUGGCUUCUGAAGUAUCCACUACAAGUUCUACAUCAAAGCCUCCAUCAGGAAGGAGAAAUAUUUCCAGAAUAGACUUACUUGCUCAACCACGCAGAACUCGACUUGGCUCUUUAUCAGCACGAAGUGAUUCUGAAGCAACAAUAACUAGAAGUACUGCUUCAUCUCGUAACCCAGAAGCCAUCAUUAGAAGUGGUGCAAGAUUAACACCACCAGCGGAUAGUAGUAAAAUUUCUGCUAGAACUAGAGCUAAUAGCAUUUCUCGACUUUCAGAUUCAAAAUCCAAGCCAUUGACCUCAGCCCAUAAUUCUCCAACAGAGAAAUCCCAGCUUCUCCCAGACCCAGAUCCUGCUGUUGAAACUUACAGUGUAAAUUCAAGAUGGAGGCGCUUUCCUACAGAUUAUGCUUCCACCUCAGAAGAUGAAUUUGGAUCAAACCGUAAUUCCCCUAAACAUACCCGUCUACGUACUUCUCCAGCCCUGAAAACCACUCGACUGCAGAGCACUGGGACAGCAACGCAAAGUAGCAAUACAUUCAAGCAUAGGAUAAAGGAACAGGAAGACUACAUUCGAGAUUGGACUGCUCAUCGAGAAGAAAUAGCAAGGAUCAGCCAAGAUUUGGCUCUCAUCGCCCGGGAAAUCAACGAUGUAGCAGGAGAGAUAGAUUCAGUGACUUCAUCAGGCACUGCCCCCAGUACCACAGUAAGCACUGCCGCCACCACCCCUGGCUCUGCCAUAGACACUAGAGAAGAGGUAGGAGAUCUUCAUGGAGAAAUGCAUAAGUUGGUUGAUCGUGUAUUUGAUGAAAGUCUAAACUUCAGAAAAAUUCCUCCACUAGUGCAUGCCAAACCACCAGAAGGGAAUGGUCGGUCUAAUGAUUCUAAGCCUCAGCUAACAGAAGCACAUGAUCCCCCAACAAUUACACGGAGGAGAACCUGGAGCAGAGAUGAAGUUAUGGGAGACAGCUUGCUGUUAUCAUCAGUCUUCCAGUUUUCUCGGAAGAUAAGACAAUCCAUAGACAAAACAGCUGGCAAAAUCAGAAUAUUAUUUAAGGACAAAGACCGAAACUGGGAAGAAAUCGAAAACAAGUUACGAGCUGAAGGUGAAAUUCCUAUUGUGAAAACUUCAAGCAUGGAAAUUUCAUCGAUCUUACAGGAGCUUAAACGAGUUGAGAAACAACUGCAAGUGAUUAAUGCUAUGAUUGACCCUGAUGGUACCUUGGAUGCCCUGAGCAACUUGGGAUUCACUAGCCCUGUCUUACCAGCUGUACCCAAACAGAAGUCCAGUCCUGCUUCUCACCCUACCCGCCCUCAGAUACAACCAAACUGUCAACCAGAAGCUCGGGCUCUUAGACCUGCUGCUAAUUCCAUUUCAACUGAAUUUGACAAUGUUGAACCAGAGCCUGAUUUCAGCAUACAUUUUAAUAGGUUCAACCCAGAUGGGGAAGAGGAAGAUCCCACUGUACAUGAAUGAUGUUAUUCGUCAUUGACAUAUAUACCUUUAUUGUUGGAAUGUCUAAAAAUAAAAUCAUAACAUUGGUUUUAUAUUUAAAAAAAAAAAAAAGGAAAAGAAAGGCUUGGUCAGAAUAGCAGUUGUUUUGUUAAAUCAUUUUUCUUUAACUGUGAUAUUUUGAUUGUCUCUCAAUCCUUUUCUAACCAUACAGAUAAGCAUAGAUAUCAAUGUAGAAAAAGCAGAUUGUGGCAGGUUUGCCCUUUGUGGUUGUGUGCUUUGCAAACAGAAUUAUUAUGUCAGCAGUCUUUUCCAUCACAUAUGUUAUUUCUUUUUAAAAGCCAUGCUUUUAAAGGGACCUGUGAGCAGGCUAACAUCCUAUGUUACUGAAACUCCAAGUCUCCUUUGGUAAGCUGCUCUAUAAAUGGACCUCUACAACUAAAGGUUGUACAGAAUUAUUGAACAGUUGCAUUUGAUUCUGACUGAGAUGAUUUAUAUAGGAUACAUUAACUUUGAGUAAAAUGAUGCAUUACUAUAUAAGGUAAGACAGAUUUCGCAAAACAUUCAUUCUUGUGAACUGAAAUUUUCAAACAGUCCUGUGAUUUAUAUAAACUUUGUUGCUGUGUAAGUUGUCUUGAGGUUUACAACAUUCAGCUAUUAUGUUUGCACUAAGAAUUUGCUGGGAGUAGUAGGUGAACAUAUCGUUAGGAGCAAACAGUCUUUUCAUGUACAUAAAAAAAAAUGGUAAUACCAUACCUGUUUUAACACGGCAGUGUUUUAAUCCACUUUCUGAAAGGAUUAUUUGGCACUUUCUGAUCUUGUUCAAAAUGUCUUUUUGAUGUUAAUGAAAGUAAAAUAAUAAUAAUAACCUUAUUUCUGUCCAAAUGUUUGUUGAAAAUAGGAAACAUAUAGCUAUGUGAGACGUUUAGAAGGCAAAUGAGUUCUUAUAUUUGGUCACCAAUUCAAAUGCAACAUAAGUUUACAAAAAAGAUGAUUGUGUCUUGGAAUGAUCAUGAGAUGUAAAAUUUUCUUCAGGAGACUUGGAGAUAGAGUAGUCAUGACUUGGUUAAUCAGUAGGCUCACUCCCAAGCAAAUAAAUUGCUUCUGUAUAUUUUUCUGUAGACUCUAGUAAAUCUGUCUCUCUCUCUCUCACACAUUUACAAGGACUCUGGAAGAAGACUGCUAAUGUAGACUUUUUGCUUAUAACACUGAAAAGCAGGUCUAUUUAAAAUAUCUUGUAUAAACCUAUUUUCCUUAGAAGUUUUCCCAGUAAUUUAACAUUUGGAAAUAAUAAACUAAAAGUAAAUAACCCUGUAUUUCCAGAACACUGUAAUUUUGAAGGAAUCUUAUUUCUGUUAAAUGCAACUAAUAGACUGGAAUUUUCCUACGUUUGCAUUGGUCUCUCUGUAUUAAGGUUACAAAUACAGUUUUGCAGCUUUUAUGAAACGGUCUUUAAUAUUUCAUCAAUAAUCCUAUGUGACAUUUAUUUAAAAAUCCUUUCUGUACACUUUUAAAUAGUACAGGCUUUCAGAAGUCAUUACAAGUUGGACCAGUUAAUAAAAAUGCAAAAACUUUUUUGUAGAGAUGUAAAGAACCCAGUAAUAUGUUGUAUAAUGGUUUCAUAUAUUCGCUUUAAAACGUAAAAGAAAAUAGAAUAACCUUGUACUACUCAGUAUACUCCACUCUGCCUAACAGUGGAGGCCUGAACUACACUAGUUUACACAGAAACUAUAUGAAAGGGUUGAAAUGAUGCAGAAGGGCAAAAAUAACCAUUGAAAAUGGGGUCAGGUGUUGGAAACUAAGCGCACCAAACCAUCACUAUAAUUCCUUCCUUUGUUUAAUGCUUGGGAACAGAAUUUUUCCACAGAUGCAAGUGAAAAACAGAAAAAAAAAAAUUAAGAAAAAUUAAAGGUUUAGACUUUGUGCAAGAUUCUAUUUGUGUUCAUUCAGGCGUUUACACUUCUGUGUUCUGUAAUAAGCGUUUUGCAUUACUAUGUUCUUAUUUUGUAUGGACACAUUCUCUUUAUUUAUUUUUGUUACAUUUAUUAUGUAUGUUAUUUUGUUAUAUGCAUUUACAGCUCCAUUUUUAAAUAAAAGUGUUUCUGGAACUUUAUACAAUAA